AUGUAUUUUUGUACUCCUAGUGUUCCAUUUUACCUGAAUAUAGCCGUGACAUUAUUUGACAGCUGGAUGCAUAUUGCUGGGAUUAGUUUAUGGGCGAUUGCUACGGCAGUUUCAACAAACGCAUUAGUGAUCCAAGUGACACCAGCCAAACAAUCAGAAUCUGUUUAUGCUAAACCACCAGCCAUUGAUAAUGAUAUGACUGUCAUAAUCAAACAGCUGGAUAAUGAUUUAGAAAAACCUAGCCUUCAUUAUUUAACUCGAGAGUCGGUAAUACCAUUUGCAAUACGUCCAUCCCGUCGAUUGUAUAAAAGGAGUCCGACUCAUACUGGAGGUGGAGCGACUAAGCAUCACUCGGCUACACAUGAACACAGUAACUCUCAUAUUAAUGCAGUUCAGGAUUCUGAAGAUCAUCACCACUCGUCAAAUGAUUCUGAAGAUCAUCGUCACUCGUCAAAUGAUUCUCAAAAUCAACAUUCAAACCAGCAACCACUGAAUCCGCCAAUGAACCAAACCCCUCUAACCCCUCCUAGUCCUCCUAACCCUCCUAGUCCUCCUAGUCCUCAAAUUCCGACUUCUAUAAAAAUGACCAAAUCGACAAUGGAUAUAUUAAAAGAAUCUACAAUCGAUGCGGUAGUUCACCGCGUGGUUGGUGAACGACAUGUUGGUGAAAGUAGUGACAAACAGUCUAGCGAUACUCCACCUGCUAAAAGCAGCAACACUCCAACUGCUCAACAUAAUGAUGAUGACGGGAACGCAACUCCAGGCGACAAGAAUGAAAAUUUAAAGAAUAACGAUGAUGGCGAUGGAAAUACAACUCCAAGCGAUAACGAUACGACUUUAAAGAAUAUCGAUGAUGCUGAUGGAAAUAUAAUUCCAGACAAUAACGAUAUGACUUUAAAAAAUAUUGAUGACAGCAAUGGCAUGUAA